AUGACAUUGCCAGCCACCUACUACGCCGUUACUCAGAGAAUCUGCGCCUUGAACAAUCAUGGUGUCAAGAGCUUGCAAGCUGGAGGGACGGCAAGAGCAGAGGAGUACUUCGGUGAAGCCAUUGUUCUCUCCAAAGAACUGAUUGCUUCUUCGGCACAGCACUUGGACGAGGAUGACUUUAUGCGAUAUACUAACCAAACCAAAGAAUGUUGCUGCUCUUGUCCAGCUUGCCAGAUCCGUCCAUCGACCCAAGAGGAAGAAAUGGACGCCCCGAUUUACCUAUACAAUCGCACUCUUAUGCUUCCCCAGAGACCAUGCCAUGUCCAAACCCUGGAAUCUUCCUGUCUCAACUGUGCUGUGAUUCUCUUCAACAUGGGUCUCAUGAACCACAUGAUGGGCUUGAAGAAUCAAAAAAUCCCUCAAGCCCUGGCAAGAGCGGAAGCUUUCUAUGAACGCAGCAUACUUCUGUUGAAUGGGGUGCCCAGGUUGGCUGCCCAACGCAACGAAACGGCAAUCCUGAUCAUUACCGCCACGGGCAAUAACUUGGCGCAAAUUGCUCUGGAGAACGGUAACAUCGCUGUCGUACGGAACCGCCUCAAGUUUUUGAAUGCCAUCUUGCGAGGACCCAACGAAACCCUCCACAGUGUGCUCACCACAGUCGAAUGGACUGGGAUUCUGUCCAAUGUUUUGCUGAGAAAUGGACUGAAUGCCGCACGAGCUGCCUAA